UCAUAGCACCUUCCAUUAUCUCUGGCCUUGCUCUUGUCAAUUUUUAUAUCAUUGCUUGUUUAUCUUCUCUUCUAAACUGUGAGCUGUUUGAGGGUGGAGAUGACAACGGAAGCUCCAUGCUUUCCACAUAAGAGGGGACUUAUUAACUCCUCGUUACAUGAAUUUGUAGUAAUACUAAUUUCAUAACAAACUGCAAAGUAUUUUACUCCACAGGCCUCAUCUUACAAAUAUUUAUUGGUCAUUCACUCAACAAAUACCUAUUAGGCACUGACUCAAUAAAUACAGAGCAAAGGCAGUUAAAAUUAAGAAAAAAAAAUAUCUAAUUGUUAUAAAGAUUCUAAGAUUGUAGCAGUAUGAUCAUAAAGACAUAAAUAACAAUUCUUUCCUUCCCUACCUCCCCAGGAAGAUGAACUUAGAGGUCAGUGAACCAAUAGACUUUAGUUCUGGAGAUCACCUAUAUCUGAUUCGGAAAGCAGCAGAUCAUGAAAAUUCCCAGCCCAAAUCUGAUCAGCAUGACACACCCUCACCUUCAGGAAGGCCAAAACAAACUCCUAGGAAUCCUCAAUCGAAGACUGGUGAACGACCAGGUGUCUAUGUGAUACAAAUUUCAGAUGACAGCACCCCAGAACACAGCAGUACAAAUGCAUCUGGCCCAUUCGCAGAUGCAUCUGUCCGCAGAGCUUUCAUUAGAAAAGUAUUCCUCCUCCUGACAGUGCAGUUGCUUGUCACUGGCGCAAUUAUUAGCGUGUUUCUUUUCUGGAAGGCAUUAAAAGCUUGGGUACUCCUGCACCCCUGGUUCACCUAUGCACUUUUGCCAGUGUUUUUUGUUAUACUUUUUGUACUGGCUUGCUGUGGGGAUAUCCGUCGCCAGGUGCCUGCAAAUUACAUUCUCCUGGGAUUGUUUACAAUUCUUCAAGGUCUGCUGCUAGGAGCCGUAUCAGUUUUCUAUAAUGCCGAGGAAGUGUUAUGGGCAACAGGAGCCACUGCUCUGGUGACGUUAGCGCUCACUUUAUUUGCUGUACAAACAAAAUGGGAUUUUACCUUGCUAAAUGGAGUGCUAUUCGCUUCUGUCUUUAUACUUGUGUUCUAUGGAAUUCUCCUCAUCUUCAUAAGAUCAUACUGGUUGCAUCUCCUAUAUGCUGGACUUGGAACUGUGAUCUUCUCAUUAUACCUGGUGAUGGACGUGCAGAUGAUGGUAGGUGGGCGCCAUCAUCAUUCUGACCUGGAUCCUGAAGAGUAUGUUUUUGCUGCUCUGAAUAUCUACUUGGACAUCAUCAACCUUUUCCUUUUUAUUUUGCAACUAAUUGGACUGGCACGGUAAUCACGCGGCCAAAGCUUGCUUGAGUGGAAGAGAGGGAAAGAGUGUCGCCAGGCUCUGGCAUGCAGAAGUCAACACUUCAUAAGCCCUUUUAUUUAAAAAAAUAUUUAAGAAUACUUUUUUGGGGGGGCGGGGUUUAAUGAAGCCAAGUGUUCAGUAGAUGGUAGCUGUAGUGGUUAUAUUUUCAGUUUCUUGUCACAUAGUAAAACUUUCUAGGAGCCAUUUCUGUCUUUUAUAAAUUCAGAAGAUGAGUAUCAUAAAUCACUUCUGAAAGAUCCCCAUUACUUUGUUGAAGUUAGUUUUUUUUUUUCUUCUCUUUCAGGCACUAUUUAAAGCCAUAAACAACAUCUCUUCCUCAUAAAUAAAAUUGAUUACA